AUGUCUGCCCCUCGAGUAAUUGCUGAGUUGGUGGUAACGGGUGUCAGAGUUCUGGGAAAGGCGACAGCAGCAGCUGGAUCCCAAGCAGUACGGAAUUUCAAACACAAACCUGAAGGCGCAUCCGAUUCUGGACCUGUAGGAAGUGGAUCAUCUAAGAACAAAUUGACUGGUCAACUAAAUAUGAGCUUGGAUGAAGCUCAUUUGAUAUUGAAUGUGAAGAAAGAUGAUCCAUUAGACAUCAUCCAAAAACAUUACGAUUCGAUUUUCAAGGCCAAUAGUGCCCCUCCACCAGCUGCAGCAGAUGCCAAACCACCACCAGGAUCGAGUGGGAAGAAAUCCGCUCGAAUACCUACACAUUCACAUUAUCUUCAAUCCAAAGUAUUCAGAGCAUUAGAAAGGAUAAAAGCUGAGAGAGAAGCUGAAGCCCCUCCACCUCCUUCUCCAACUCCUGCGACUACUGUAGAAACUUCGAAUCCUAUAUCGGCAGAGGCUACAAAGACUGUAAAAGAAGGUGAAACUUUAGCACCUCCCCCUCCACCUGGAUCAGGAUAG